UCGCAACUUACAACUUAUAACUAAACAGCGGGUACCUUAGCUAGACGACCAGACGAACCGCGAUGUCCGAGACCAUUUAACACGACAUUCCCGGUUAACCUAGCAUCUAAUAGCGUUGAGAAGCCUCAGCGCAUCUAUUCAAGAUGCAUAUACCGGUACAAACGCUGUCAAUCGCGGUGCUGCUAGCUCUGCCUGCAGCCGUGCGUGCCGUCUUCAAAGACGAGGCCGGCCACAUCGACUACCACCACGAGCUCCUCGGAGUGCCACAACGCGAAACCACAUUCUUCCACCGACCCAGACCGCAAGACAAGGCGAGCCUUCUGUACACCCUCAGCGAUCUAGGCGUUCUCGGCGCCGUCAACCCGGGCAAUGGCGCCGUCGUAUGGCGGCAGCUGUUAAGCAAUAAUCUUACCGAUGGGGGAGGCCAUCUAAGAGCCGGGGAAGAUGAGACGUGGCUGGCUAGUGCCUUGGGUAGCUCCGUGCAUGCGUGGGACGCUAUUAGCGGACGCAAUGUCUGGACAUUGGAUUUCGAGGGAGAGGUUAAGGACUUGGAGAUCAUGGAGAUGACGGCGAACGAUCACAAGGAUGUUCUGGCACUACAUCAAGAGGAUGGCACGACUGUUACACGAAGAAUACAUGGAACUGAGGGACGUGUGGUCUGGGAGUUUAGGGAGGUUACUAGUAAUGUGCCUCUGCAGGUCAGCACCAACAUCGAUAAGGUGUUCGUCGUUACUCUCCACGGAUCAUUCCUAUCGUACAACCUGAAGGUCAUCGUCCUAGAUACCUUGACCGGAAAGAAGCUCGACGAGAUCGUCAUCGGCACGAAAGGCGAGGUGCAGAAGCCGGAGGACGUGCAAUUCGUCGGCGCCAACUCCGCCGCUCCGGUCGUCGCUUGGACGGACAAUAACCUGACGAAGCUCAAGGUCAACGUCCUCGGCUCUAAGAACGCGCAGGAGUUCCCCCUCGUACCUGACACGGCGAGCGUGGAGGUUCACGCCCCGCAUACCACUCGAUCCUCGCCGCAUUUCCUCGUACACAGCCGAACUAAGAAGGGAAGCAAGGCGGAUGUGUUCCACGUUGAUCUCAAGAGCAAUGCUAUUACCAAGGCUUACGACCUGCCACUGCUCGAGGGAGGAAGCGCUUUUUCUACUAGUUCAUCUGCUUCCAAUGUCUACUUUACUCGGGUGACUGCCGACGAAGUCAUUCUCACUUCGUCUGUUUCUCACGGUAUCCUAGGCCGCUGGCUUCUGAAAUCGGGGGCUGAGGAGCUGAUUGCUGUACACGGCGUUUCUGAGGUCGUCAAGAAAGCGGAGGAUACAUAUGCCGUAAGAUCGGCUAUCGUCACGGAUGCCGAUGACUGGACACAGAUCGUCAAUGGGGAUGUCUCUUGGACUAGACCCGAAGGUCUCAGUGGCGCCGUUGCGGCUACGUGGGCGGAGAUCCCCGAGUCGGAAGAUUUGGCGAAGACACUGGAAGCUGAAGCUCACACUGAUCCCUGGUCUGCUUUCGUGCACCGGUUGACUCGUCAUAUCGACGAACUCGAGUAUUUGCCGGCAUACUUACAGGCUAUUCCCCAACGACUUUUCGCUAGCAUUGUUGGCUCAGAAACUUCAGCGUCUAGCGGUACGCUUUCACGGGACAGCUUUGGAUUCAACAAGCUUGUUGUUCUAGCGACGAAACGUGGCAAGUUGUACGGUCUUGACGCUGGCAACCACGGAAGAAUUGUCUGGUCCAAGUCGGCCAACGAAACCCCCGGGAGCAAGCCUUGGGAUGUCAAGGCCAUCUACGCUGAUGAUGCAAAAGGAAUUGUUACCGUCCGCGGCGCUCAGGGCGAAUUCAUCAUUGUCAAGUCGGAUACCGGUAAGACCAUCGAGUCAAUGCCCGUUGGCCUAUUUCCACCGGUCGAAAGCGCCGUUCUAGUGGACAGCGACGCUGGACCUUGGCUGUUACCUAUCGGUGAAGGCGGGAACAUUGCCGAAGUACAGAGUCAAUUCGCCCCUAAGCAGACUGUUAUUACAAGGACGAGUGAUGGCGGACUCAAAGGUGUAAAGUUUGAGUCAAAGGGCGAGCUGGCUGCCGAAGUCCCAACUUGGAUUUUCACACCCCCUGCCGGACAAAAAAUCGUCGAGGUGGCGAGCCGUUCUAAGCACGAUCCGAUUGCGUCGAUCGGCCGAGUGCUAGGGGACCGUACCGUUAAGUACAAGUACUUGAAUCCCAACACCAUAGUAGUUGCCGCGAUCGACGAGCAGGCAACUUCGCUCACAGUCUACCUACUCGAUACGGUAUCCGGACAAGUCUUAACGUCAUCAACCUACGAAGGAGUCGACCCAACUAAAGACAUAACCUGCGCCGUAGCCGAGAACUGGUUCCUCUGCUCCUUCUUCGGCCAGUACAAGCUCCGCGAAGCGCAGUCCCAGCAACUGAAGGGCUACCAAGUCGUCGUGUCCGACCUCUACGAGUCCGACUCGGCCAACGACCGCGGGCCCCUCGGCGACGCGGCUAACUUCUCGUCCCUGGACCCGGUCGACACGCCGACGGGCCCGUACCUGCCGUCGGUCACAUCCAAGACGUACAUCCUCUCGGGCCCCAUCACCGCGCUCGCCGUCACGCAGACGCGCCAGGGCAUCACGAGCAGACAGCUGCUGGCGUACAUGCCGGAUUCCCGCGCCAUCGUCGGCGUGCCGCGGCUCGCGCUCGAGCCCCGCCGCCCCGUCGGCCGCGACCCGACGCCCGCCGAGAUGGAGGAGGGCCUGUCGCGGUACGUUCCUGCUAUCGAGCUUAACCCGCAGAUGCAGCUCACGCACCAGAGGGAGGUGCUCGGCGUGAGGCAGAUUAUUACUACGCCUGCCGCGCUCGAGAGCACGUGUCUUGUCUUCGCGUACGGGGUGGAUGUGUUCGGCACGAGGGUCGCGCCGAGUCUGGCGUUCGAUGUGUUGGGGAAGGGGUUUAAUAAGGUGGCGCUUUUGGGCACGGUGGUUGCGCUUGUUGUGGGGGUUGGGGGGUUGAGGGGUUUGGUCCGCAGGAAGCAGAUCGAUGCCCGGUGGAAGUCGUAAAAUUGACGAAAGAAUUAUACGAUCAAAACGACAAAAAGGGGGAGGCCUACCUGAUGAGAGAAAAGGGGUUAUGAUAAAUAAGUAGAAGGAAAGAAAUGAAUAGGGAUAAGGAGGUCGAACUGUAUACUAUUUCCUAGGGGAGAAGUGCCAUUUUAGAGCCGAGCAGUUGACUUUGGCUCGUAGAUGGGUAUCGAAUACAAGUUUCUAUUGACGUAUGUCUAUUAUUUCCGUAGAUUCACGACGUGAUAGACUUGGGAUUAUCUAUAUAAGUCAUGAUCGGUGCCAAUGCGAGCAAUACUUAUAUC